GAGUACCUGCUAAAACUACAUCAUUGGAGAGAAAUGGGUUUAGCUUUUUCAUGACACUUCUUGCUUUCAGGCCCACCUUCUUGAACAACUAACUUUGAUAAUCCUCUUCUUUGCUUGAUUAAGAAGGAGCCGACUUGAUAGUUCAAUACUGAAAGAAAGAUUAAGAACUGAAGAAGCGCCACCAAAAAGAUAGAUACCAACUUUGAUUAUUAUCCAUUGAUGAUUGCUCCAACAGACUUUUUAGGUCUUUUUCCAGAUCAUAAAGAGUGGGAUAGUUCUGAUUUUGAAAUCCUACUGAAGCCACGCUCUCGUCCUCCAUUUCUAGUGAACUUUCUUUCAGGAUAAUUAUACAGGUUCUGAAUAAGUAUACAGAACAGUAAUGUCUGUUCAUCUUUAGGUUCUAUAUGGUGUGAUGUUCCUCGAUGGCAAAGAAGAGGAGCUGGUUUGAUCUGCUGAAGAGACUCUUUGUGUCGGAGCCCAAAACAAAACAAGAAAAGAAGGAGAGGAGGAGAUGGAUACCUGGUAGGUUUAAGAUCAAACGCCUUCUCACUUUUGCACCAUCGUCUUCAUUGAAGGAGAAGACACUGAGUGAAGCAGCAGAAGAACAGAGCAAGCAUGCUGUGACUGUUGCUAUCGCAACAGCAGCUGCUGCUGAGGCUGCUGUUGCAGCUGCUCAGGCUGCAGCUGAGGUUGUACGACUCACACAUGCCCCUCAAUCACGCCGUCAAUUAGGGAAGGGAAUCAGAGAAGUAGCUUCUAUUAAAAUUCAAGCAGUUUUCCGUGGGUAUCUUGCAAGGAAAGCAUUGCGGGCACUGAAGGGACUGGUGAGACUUCAAGCUAUGGUUCGAGGCCGAGCUGUGAGACGCCAAGCAAUCAACACUCUAAAGAGUCUGCAAUCUCUUGUAAACAUCCAGUCUCAGGUCUGUGCAAUGAGACUUGGGAUUGAGGAGGAUGGCUGGACUGCCAAAGAAAAGCAACAAUUGUUAGCACAAAGCGAUGAAUGGGGGGACAAGGAAAGAAGGCUCAAACCAGACUGUCAGACGUGGGAUGGAAGCUUAUUAUCAAAAGAAGAACUUAAGGCCACAUUUUUAAACAGGCAAGAGGCAAUGAUCAGAAAAGAACGUAUGAAGAAAUAUUCAUUUAGUCAUCAGGAGAGGCGACGAACAGAAUCAGAACCAAGUAAGGUGGGUGGAAUGUGCAGCAACUGGUUAGAACACUGGGUGGAUGCCCAUGCAAGGGAACGGGAAGGAACAGAGAAUUUCGAAUCACAUGCCUGUUUAAAUGCACUGGACAGAUGUGAAGAGGAAGCAUUACAGCUCAGAAUGAGAGAGCUUCAGAAAAAUAGACAGGGAGGAUUUGAUUCCCCAAUAUCACUUCCAAGGACAUCAAUUCAUCAACAUAAACAUGGUUCAAUUGGAGACGAUGAUUUUUGCUUAAGCAUUCCAGGUUACAUGUCUACAACUGAAUCUGCUAGGGCAAAGGCGAGAGCAUCUAGUGCACCAAAACAAAGGCUGGAAAUCAGAGAUGUUUACUCUGAUCAAUGUUCACCAUCCAACAAUAGACUCUCAUUUUGCUCUUCUGUUGGUAAUGAUGCUACCAUUUUCAGCAGGAUUGCCAAGCCUAGUGGCUGUCAGCAGAGAUCUCCUUGCAUUAAAGGUCCUUCAGGUCAAACAAAAUCACACCGAACUUCCAAAGAUCUGAGCUUUGAUUCAAAAUUCUCAUUGCUGAACUGGAACCAGCAGAGUGCUUAUAGAUGAUUUUUCCAUUAUGGGUAAUUGUCACAUUAACAACUUUCUGAUAAAGAUUACUCGUUUCUUCA